AUGCUGUGCACUGGAGCGACGGGAAAGAGCGUGUGCCAUGGCGAUUCUGUCAGUCCUCUGGUGAGCGGCAGCACGCAGGUGGGCAUCGUGUCGUGGGGCAGCGGCGACUGCACCCUUGGAUAUGAGACCAGCUAUGUCACGCAUCCACGUGGCCGCACUGUGCCUGCUGCUGGCAAUUCAGCUGCAGUUGGUGGCCUCAUGGGCGCUGCGGCUGCGAACGAGUAUCCAAGGCCGUAUCAUAGGCGGCUCCGACGCCAGCAUCGAGGACUUCCGAGGCAGCUGUACCUGACGUACGCCGCCAGCCUUGCGUGCGGCGCCUCCAUAAUCGGUCCCCAGUGGGCGCUGACCGCCGCCCACUGCGUUCCCUUCUCAGAGUACGUCCUGUACCACUUGCGUGCUGGCUCUUCCAGUCGCGACAGCGGCGGCACUGUGCUGGACAUGGCCGUGGCCUACCAACACGAACAGUACGACAGCACUUCUGGUGACUACGACGUCGCAGUUGUACGGCCGGAUGGUUCGUUCCCACUCGGCACCAACGUGGCAGUCGUGAACCUACCAGAGGACGGUUACGACCCUCCAGUCGGGCUCGCAGUCACAGUGAGAGGCUGGGGAAUGACAGAGACGACGAGCCAACCCAGCACCCUGCAGAAGGUGGACGUCAGCGUCAUGGGGCGCUCCGCGUGUUACUACCCGGACAUCGGUCGCGAAGUGACCCCGCGCAUGUUGUGCGCCGGAGAGAUUGGCAAGAGCCCGUGCUUUGGGGAUUCCGGCGGUCCUCUGGUGAGCGGCAGCACGCAGUUGGGCAUCGUAUCGUGGGGGAGUGACAACUGCGAUUAUGCGGGCGGAGUCUACGCCAACGUGGGCAACUUACGUUCGUGGGUAACCAACGUUACCAACAUCUGACAGCCAUAACAGAACA